AUGGCGGAAUCAAACAAGAAAAGACGCCUAUCCCAGGAUUCUCCUCAAGAUACCGAUGCGAAAAUGGAUGUUACCAAGACCGAUGCUACAGAUGCCUCCGCGCCCGACCAACCGAAGCGAACACUCUUCGUUCGAUCGCUGCCCACCUCGGCGACUACUGAGAGCCUUGCCGAGUACUUCUCUCAGUCAUAUGUGAUUAAGCACGCCACCGUUGUCAGUGAUCCACAGACAAAGAAGUCGAAGGGAUAUGGUUUCGUGACGUUUGCCGACCUCGAGGAUGCCGAAAGCGCCCUCAAGGAGUUGAAUGGAUCCACCUUCGACGGCAAGAAGAUUCGAGUCGACUACGCUAAGGCGCGUCAACGUGAGAUUGAUGAGAAGCUUGGAAAGAGUGUUCCCUCUGCUGCUACCCUCAAAUCCAAACAAGAGCGAGAAGACUACCGAACAAACGCACCUCCGAAAUUGAUUGUCCGCAACUUGCCUUGGAGCAUCAAAGAGCCAGCUGAUCUGGUCGCCCUUUUCCGCAGUUUCGGAUUGGUCAAGUAUGCAACUCUGCCCAAAAAGGGGAACACGCUUGCUGGUUUCGGAUUCGUGACUAUUCGGGGUAAGAAGAAUGCCGAAAAAGCGCUUCAGAUGGUGAACGGCAAGGAGAUUGAUGGCCGUACAUUGGCCGUCGAUUGGGCUGUGGAGAAGGAUGUAUGGGACACUCAACAGAAGGAGGAGGAGAAGGAACAGGAAAAGGAAAAAGAAAAGGACGAGGAGGAAGAGGAGUCUGAUGUGAAGAUGAAAGACGACGAGGCUUCGGAGGAAGUCUCAGAGGACGAAGGAUCUGCCGAUGAAGAGGAGAAUGAGGAUGAGGAUAUGGAAGACUUGGAAGACCUGGGCGAUGCCGAGGAGGAGGAAGAAGAAGAGGAAGAGGACGACCGCAAUAAUUCAACCAUCUUCCUACGCAACCUCCCCUUUACCUGUGACGACGAGGCACUCUACGAGCACUUCAAACAAUUCGGACCUUUGCGAUAUGCUCGUAUCGUGGUGGACCAUGAGACUGAGCGACCCCGUGGUACUGGAUUUGUAUGCUUCUGGAAGCCGGAAGACGCAAUCACUUGUGUCCGCGGCGCUCCCAAGCCCACCGUGGCAGCCCCUACCGGCAAGGAUCGCAACAACCCAGCCAUGAAGCAUUCCGUUCUACAGAACGACAACUCCGACCCUAGUGGACGCUAUACUUUGGAUGGCCGUGUGCUUCAGGUCGCCCGCGCCGUGAACAAGCGGGAAGCUACAAGACUCGAAGAGGAGGGUGUAUCACACCGUCUCGUCCGCGAUAAGGAUAAGAGACGUCUGUACCUUCUGUCGGAAGGUACUAUUCCGUCCAACUCGCCCUUGUACAAGAAACUGUCCCCAUCCGAGAUCAAAAUGCGCGAGGAGAGCCACAACCACCGUCAAACCGUCAUCAAGAAGAACCCCGCCCUCCACCUCAGUCUUUGCCGUCUCUCCGUUCGUAACAUCCCCAAACACAUUACAUCGAAGGAUUUGAAACAGCUUGCUCGUGAAGCUGUGGUUGGCUUCGCCACGGAAGUUAAGAAGGAUUUGCGUCAGCCUUUGUCGAAAGAGGAGGUCUUGCGAUCCGCCGACACCAUGAAGGAGCUGGAGCAAUUGAGAAAGGAAAAGCGCGUGGGUAUUGUGCGACAGGCCAUGAUUGUCUACGAGACUCGUGAGGGUACUAAGGUCCCUGAGAAGGGCGGUGGUGGUCGCAGCCGUGGUUACGGUUUCAUCGAGUACUAUACUCACCGUCACGCACUCAUGGGUCUGCGAUGGCUCAACUGCCACGCCGUUGAUAUCCCUGCUAGCGCUCAAGCAGAAGGCGAGAAGGAGAAGAAGAAGCGACUGAUUGUGGAGUUCGCCAUCGAAAACGCACAGGUUAUCAAACGUCGUCAAGAACUGCAGGAGAAGAAGGAGAAGGAGAAGGAAGAAAAGGAGAAGGCCAAGGCGAAGGCCGAGGAGGAAAUGGCAGGCCAGAAGAGGAAGCGCGCGGCUGAGAAGGAGGCUGCGAAGGAGGCCGAGGCCGAGGAGGAGAACAAGCUGGCGAAGCGCGCCCGUAUCAUCGCUAAGAAGCGGAUGCAGCGCAGAGGCCGCAAGGGCAAUUGA